CAGCUCCUUUCAGUGUCAAAUCUCUGAAUGACAUACACAAUUUAUUGAUAGAAAUCAUUCUAAAUCCACAGUUGAAAUGGCCGAUGAACCAGCAGAACCAGACAAAGAGAUCAAUGAUCCUGCUGUGCAAAUGGAUGAGAAGAAGAGCCAAGCGCUCAACUCUGAGUUCUUGUACUACAGUUCAGUGCUGAAAAUUAUAGCUCCAACACUUACAAGUGAUGCAGAUCAAGACCAUGUCAUUCCCUGGAUAAGAAAAUUGUUCAGACCUGAGUAUCAUUCGUCUUCACUAAGAGAGAAGAGGAAUCGGUACCUUUUAUACCUAACACUUACGAUGUUUAAUGAUGAACUGAUCGGAGUUUUCGAAUCUGAUCCUCCUGAAGCAUCUUUAAGAGAUUUGGGUUCUUUGCCUGAAUACCGAGUGGAGGCUGCUUCUUGGGAAAGAGAUGACACAUGGAGAGAUGUUCUGGUUUCACUUCCUGAAGAUUUCAAACCCCUGGAAUGCUCGGUUCACGCAAACAAGGAUGACUGCAAAAAAGAUCAUGCUUUAGACAGAGUGUUGGAUCAAGAAUUCCAAUUUUACUUGUACUUAGCGAGACCAUAUGCAGCUUUGAUGCUCAACGCUGAAGAUCGAACGAAGGUUGCUUGCUGGCUUCAAACCCUCUGUACUAUACAAGGAAAUUGCUGCUCCAGUAUGAAAGCUGUUAGGAAUGACUACAUGAUGGCUCUGCUAGGGUACAUAUCAGAUCUUCGAGCUGUUGGUCCUUUUAUCGAGAAACCACCAUGGAAAAGCCUUCCACCUCUAGCGCAACUGGCUAAGGAAUGCUUGGAUAACAGCACAGUUCUCGAUCCCACCAGUACUAUGGCAAAUGAGUUCCUUCAGAAUCAACCUGUGCCAGAAGAUGGCGCUUUCUGUUACAUUGCUCUGACUGGGGAUCUCAUUGAAAGUAGCUUUGGAGGUCCAGGAGUAUAGUUCUCUUCACAUUAACUGUAUAUCAUAAUGGUCAAAUAUAUACAACGCCUUUCUCUAUUGUGUA